AUGCCCAGGGCACCUGCAAUUUCCAUGACGGUCAGGCUGGUCAGGGGGACCCCGCCCUUCUCCGCCCGGCCGAGCGUGCACCUGCCGAGGGACACCUUGAUGAAGGGCCAGCCAAGCGCCGCAGCAGCCGCCUCCUCCUCCCUGCCGUCCCCUAUUGCCACGAAGGCCGCGCUCCCCGGGAAGCGGUCACGCAGCCUGGCAAAGCACUCCAGCUUGCCGUGCACGCGAGAGGACAGCACGUCCCUGCCGGCGAAGAAGCGGUCCAGGCGAAACAGGGCCAGCUUGGCCAAGGAGGGCAGCAGGUCCGAGGAGGUGACGGCCACGUGCCGGACCUGGGGCAGGUGGUCGCGGACGCCAGCGUGCGGCGGGGUCCCCAGCGCGGCGCCCAGCAGCACCGGCAGGUGGGCAAGGCAGGCGGCCAGCAGCCCCUGCGCGGCCGUCAGCCAGCCAGCGGCCAGCGUGUCGGUGGCGUGCCAGAGCCGGUCGGAGCUGGGCAGCGCGGCGUCGGCCAGCAGGCCGAGGGAGUACCGCCGGUGCGCCUCCCGGUACCGAUAUGCCGCUUCCGGGGGAGGGGUGCAGGGCCCGGGGUCGUUUGACGCCGGUGCCGGCCCCUCACAGGAUUGGAUUCUUCCCACCACAUCCCCAUCAAAGUCGUAG